UAUAAUUUUCCCAAAAAAUGUUUGGCGUACACAGGUGUAGACAUUUUGUGGCAGAACUCCACAAUUUUAAUUUCCGAACGAGAUGUCAGCAGCGGCGGCUGGUCUUAUCCUACCAGUUCCAGGAUUUUGCUGCACCAGAUUACGAUGCACGGCCCAAAGUCCCGCCUUCAGAGUCGACUUUCCACCCCACAAAUCUGUGCACUGGGAUAGCAGAAAUUUCACCAUGAACGGCGCUGUUGCGGCCCGAAUCAAUGCACACGACGAGGAUCAGGGCGGUCUUGCGGCGCUCGAACAAGAACCUCUGAUCAAUGACUCCAUAGUCGUGGCAGCUUCUCGACUUGAAGCCACUCUGAAUAACACGGUUGCGUUCUGUUCUCAAUUCUCUUCUGUCAUACAUCCUGAAGAGAAUACUGAACCAGAGACGGCCUGUUCCCACCUCAAGAUCGGAUCCUGGAAUGCCGUCAUCACAUGCACAGUCAAUCUUCUAUAUCGUCACAUUUACUACCAUCUUGAUGAUUCAAAGUUUUGGACUGAGUGGACUCACAGCAGCACUCGGUGGGCUUAUCUUUGCACUUGGCUGUUACUUUGAUCUGGCAUCGGGGAGGAUGAUUGGCGGUGUUAGAGAGGAAGAUGGAUUAUAUCUUUGAUGAAGGGACUGAAUUAAAUAAACAAGUCAUGGCUACGGAUUUCCCAAAAGCUUCAUACAACUAGCCAAGUAUUUGUGGGUGCUAUGGUAGGGUUUGGCUUCUCCAUUUUGUGGUUCUGGUUAUGGGAUGCAAUUAUGUUGAUGGCAUUUCAAUCUCUCGUUUGGUUCCGGACUAUUGUUAUUCUUUCUGCUGCUGGGUUAUGCUCCGGCUUUCUCGUUUAUGUUAUUCGAUAUUGGAUCCUAGAUGAACAAAGGAAGAUUUCUGAAAUCAAAUACCCAGAUAGAAGCUAACAAUAUAUGUUGCAUACGUACGUACAUGGUCGAAACUGAAUUAACUUGAGAAGAACAAGUAAUAUUGUUUGAUCUCGCAAGAGGGAAAAUGGCUUUUGUCCACUUGUGUAUUUCUUUUCCUUCUUUUGUGCCUUUGUAGGCUUGUGAUAUAAGUCAUAUAACCUUAAAAGCCUAAAUUGCCUGAUUGGUGGUUGAACUCCGUC